AACGAGGUUAACGCGUUAUGAAGUGGAUUUAUGCACCUUGUUGUACUUAUGAAACCUUGGUUAAAUUAUUUAAUGUUUAUUUAUUAAAGUCGUUGAGAUAAGAAAUGUAUAAGUAGUACCCACUUACGUCUUCUUAUCAGGUAUUAGGUAUUGAUAAAAAAGACCACACAUGCUUAUUGCUAUGUCUGUAUAAAUAUCAUUCAGUUGCGCUGCGUUGCUCAGUGGAUUUCUGUUAUAUCCAGUCAAGCAAGCCAGACUAUUUACAAGUCCAUAGACAAAAAUUCAAAAAUUGACAACUUCAAACAAAACGUGCGUGACCAACGUGACUUGGUUUGUUUAUUUUGUGCAAUUUCAGCAGAUUCAAAUAAUUCUGCAAAAUGGCAAAAGUAGCUAUAGUAACUGGAUCUAAUAAAGGCAUCGGUUUCGCAAUAGUCCGCGGUCUCUGCAAACGUUUUGAUGGCGUAGUUUACUUGACUUCACGAGAUGUAGAACGCGGUAAAAAAGCGGUCGCCGAUCUUGAGAAGGAAGGUUUACAUCCUAAAUUUCAUCAACUGGAUGUAACGGAAAAGCAGAGCCUUGAAACAUUCAGAGAUUACCUCAAGAAUAAGUAUGAAGGCAUUGAUAUUUUGGUGAACAACGCAGCUAUAGCGUUCAAAGGUAGCGCUCCUGAACCAGUAGCCGUGCAAGCUAAGGAAACAUUGUUCGUAAACUACUUUUCCCUGGUGUCCACGUGUGAUAUUCUGUUCCCGUUACUGAAGAAUGGUGCGAGAGUCAUCAACAUUUCCAGUUCAGCGGCACAUUUGAGUCAUAUUCCCAGUAAAGCACUUCGAGAACGUUUCAAGGACGAAAAGUUAACCGUUGAAGAGCUUUCAAAGCUGAUGCAGCAAUUUAUAGACGCUACUGAGAAGGGCACGCAUGCUGAGGAGUGGGGAAAGUCUACUUAUGUUGUCUCUAAAGUUGGCGUCACGGCACUGACUAAUAUUCAACAGAGAAUGUUGAGUGAUAGAGAUAUAAAAGUGAACUCUGUGCAUCCUGGCUAUGUGGCAACGGACAUGUCUUCAUAUAAGGGACCACUCAGUAUCGAUGAGGGAGCCAUCGCACCUCUCUACCUGGCCCUGGAUGCUCCGGACUCCGUUCGAGGCCAAUACAUGUGGUUUAAUAAGGAUAUUGUCAACUGGGAUGGUGAAAAACCUCAAGAAUAAGGUUUGGGAUUGAGUUUUAGUUUGUAGGUUUAAGGGUAACACAAAUCAUCUUAGUCAAUGUAACAAAGUUAUGCUGGCUCUUGUAAUGGAAUGAAAUGAUAAAAGCUUUUAUUAUUGCAAUUUGUAAAUAAAUUGUAAUUUAGUUGUUUGUAAUAAAAGCUUUUAUCAUUGCAAUUUGUAAAUAAAUGGGGUGAUCUUGUUAGGUAUUCCUGUUAAGCAAGAUUUGCCUGUGUUAAGAGGUACAAGACGAUCACGUAAUCACCUUUCUUUGGUUUUGCCGUGACCUCCAAAGAUUUAUGUACAAUUAAAGGUAAGGUAUCGUAGGCAAUUAAAGCCCGCUUAAUUUCAAAUCAAUAUAAUAUUUAAUGAAACAAUUUAAUUAAAAAACCGUUUAGAGAAAUAGUUUUAUUGUGAAGAAAUAAACAUAGAAAACUAACACUCAAGUGCUAUAAGUCGUAUAAAAUUAUGCAAACAAAGAAUUCUUGAAUACCCUGUCAUGGGCGAUAUUGAACAUACAGUUUUUAGUAAUGCCCAAAUAUUAUUUAACGAAUUAUCUCAAUAAACAUUAAAAUUUCGACUUAGAGCCGUAUAAAACCAAAAAGUAAAUUAUAUUGACUUUUUUUAUAAAGCACCACAAUAGUCAUAAUUGAAUUACAAAUACGCCAAUAUUUAAAUUUAGUAACUCGUCUAACACUUCUUGUAUUUUCUACGUAAUCAUCUUUAACAAAAAUAUCUUACU